AUGUCCACCACCAAAACGAAACAUAUCAAUCCUUCCCAACGUAAAAAAAAGCUAUCACCUAAACAGAAGUUAGUUCAAGCAAGUGCUCAACAACGACAAAAGGUACAAGACCGGGUAUUUGCUUGGCAAGAACAAUUAUUUACUCAAGAAAGAGUAUCUGUGGAAGAUUUACAAAAAGCGGCUUUCUGGUUACAACCUCAAACUUAUGAUGAAAUUGUCGAAGAACGAUGUGUUCAAUCUAUAUGUGGUUAUCCUCUUUGUUCUCGUCCACCUCAACAGCAACAAUCAAGAUAUCGUAUCUCUUUAUCUCAAAGAAAAGUAUUUGAUCAAUCCGAAUUGGCAUCUUACUGCUCCCUACCUUGUCUUCAGAAAUCAAAAUAUUACAAUAUGCAACUAUCGGAAGAUCCAGUAUGGAUACGUGAUAUGGCAUCUUCUAUUCCCUCUAACAUUCAUAUUAUUACAUUGGAAGAAAACUUCGAACAAGCUGUGGCUCAACAACAACAACGAAACCAAUUAGGACGCUCCAGUUCAGAUCUUCGACAAGAAUAUGUUCAACAAUUGUUAUCCAAUGUCCCUCUUGGAACGAACAACAAUACUCUCAAUCCUUUAACAGCUACCAACACAAAUGAAAUGAAAAUGGUCAUUGUAGAAAAGACUUCAGUUACUUCGCCACUCAACACUCAGUUUGGAGGUAUUCACGAUGCUAUUGAAGGAUUCCGAAUCGAUAAUAAGUCAUCAAAAAACGAACCAUCAACCAUUUUACUGAAACCAAAGCAUCAAACAUCAACGACAAAUCAUUCUUUACCGACCAUCAAUGAUACAACAAAGGGAGUAGAUAGUGACGAAUUGGAUCCUGAAUCUCUACUGGACGACGCUAUGGAAACAAUGAUGAUGCUCAAGAAGAUGAAUCUCGAUCACCUAUCAUCGAACACUCUAUCAGCUCAUACAAUUAAAGAUACCGUAUCAUCAUCACCAACCAAAGACAUGACUUCAUCCACACAGACAUCCAGGCCCAUGUCACCCACCUCAACAAAGGCAACAAAAGCAGCAGUGGCAGCUAUAGAAGCAGCAGCAGCAUCAGCAGCUCAAACCAAAAAGAUGAAGAAUAAGAAAAAGAAGAAGGAACCAGAAAUGUCACUCUUUGGCAAGAUUUGGACCAUGUUGGAUCGUAUGACAACGAAAUCGACACGACUUUUUCUUACAACUUUGGCUGAAGGUAGUAAUAGUAGUAGUUCUGUACAAUUAUUAGAAGAAGAUGGACUUGAUCAUGAUAAUAUGUUACGUGGACAUAUCUUUAGUGAAAAAAUAUUAGAAACAUAUGGUUUGAUUCGAACACAAUUGGGGAUUUUAGGUGAAUUAGAAAUGGAUUUGGUCAAUUUGAUACGAACCUUCCGAUUUACUGAUGCAACCAUGGUAGUACUGGAUUCUACUCAAACUUAUAUGAUGACACUUGUGCUUUUUAAAACUUUGGCGACGGAUAUCCUGAAAAAUGAAACGGAUUGGCAAGAUGCUUUUGAAGUAUGUUGUCAUCAAAUUGGACAAAGCUCAGAUGGAGUAGAUGCCUGUGUUCGUGUAUUGAAAGUAGCUAGUACUUGA